AUGCUCAAGAUCGUUUUGCUCGUUAUAACGGCGUGCGCGGUGACCGCCGAUACAAAUAUCGAAGUUCUAAAGCGACUAGCAAGUAUAUUGGAAGACACGAAAAGUUUGGACGCGAAGGACUUAGCAAAGUUAUAUAGGGCUGCGCAAGAGUUGGGUUUAUCUUCGGAUGCGUCUCAGGAUAAUGUUACAGAGCGGAUUAUACACAAGGAUCAGGGAUAUAAUGUGUAUGCGGAUGAGCGUGGGACGAUCGCCGAGUCCCCGGAUUAUGCGUCGUCUGUUGUACUGGCGAGUGAUCUGCUGGCUUUGACGAAUGCUGUGGGCAAUGUUGAGGAUAAGCUGUGCAGGGAACAGGGAUAUCGCUUCCUGGAUGGGUUGCUGUCGAACAAGCGCUGGGCUUUGAAGAUGUUCGAUGCCUCAGCCAAGUCACCCCAGGGUCUAUUGUUUGGUUCGUCAUAUCAUCUUGGCAAUUUUGACGAAUGCAUGGACGUCAGUGAACCUGGAGAUGGCGUGACUGUGGAGGGCCAGUACUGCCUGGCCACCAUUAAGUGGAAGGAGGGGGAGGAGAGCAAAAAGAUCCGCACAGGUCGCGGGGAGAGCCUGCGAUGGGCUGUAUGUGUACCCAGCGUUUGUGACGCGAGAUCCGUCGAGCGUUUCGUCGGAGGAGUUCUGAAGCAUUCAGUUAGCAACAGCACUAAGGUUGUCGUCAUUGAGAGGGAUUGCUAUACGCGACGCCCUCUCUCGGUCAAUAAGUUGGAUAUAAGUUUCUUAGUAAUCAUAAUAUUCUUCGGAGUUGUGUUGAUCCUGUCGACAAUUUACGAAAUAUACGCGAUUCGCAGCAACAAAAAGGACAGCAACACUCAUGACCUGAUUGUGUCCUUCUCACUCAUUAAUAACAUUAAGAAAAUUCUCUCAACGAAACAGAACAAUAGUCUUGGUUUAGAAUGUGUUACCGGCAUCCGGGCGUUGGCUAUGAUAUUUAUAGUGGGUGGCCAUGCCUGCCUGUUUAUUGGCAGUGGACCGGUCAUGGAUGCUACUGCUUGGGAUCGGCUUAUUCAAGAUCCAGUUAAUGCAUUCAUGUUGAACAAUGCUCUGCUAGUGGACACCUUCUUGUUCCUGAGUGCUUUUCUCUUCAGUCGCCUGCUGCUGAUAGAACUGGACAAACGCAGAGGAAGGCUGAAUAUAAUACCUAUUCUCGUGUUCCGGUAUAUCAGAGUUACACCAGCAUAUUUCAUAGUAAUACUGUUUUAUAUGACCUGGUUGCCAAAGGUUGGUGAAGGACCCUUAUGGGGGAACAGGAUUCAGUUAGAACAAGAGAGAUGCAUGGACACGUGGUGGGCAAAUAUUCUGUACAUUAAUAACUAUGUGAGGACGGAUCGACUGUGUAUGUUCCAAUCCUGGUAUCUUUCUGUGGACACGCAAAUGUUCUUUGUGGCUCCCAUCUUCAUUUACAGCAUGUGGAAUUGGAGGAGAUUUGGAUCUAUAGUGAUGGCGCUUGGGAUUAUCGUAUCUAUUAUUGUCCCAUCCGCUAUAACUUUCAAAAAUCAUCUGGAUCCUACUAUUCUCUUCUAUGCUAAGGAGUUUACGGACUUUGCGACCAACUUUUACUUCAUAGAGGCUUAUAUCCGGACGCACAUGAAGAUGACGCCUUAUCUCAUGGGAUUGCUUACUGGUUACAUUCUGCAUAGGAUACAGACAGAAAAUUAUCAAUUCUCAAAAGUUCUCAAAAUCUUCGGCUGGACCACUGGUAUUAUCUUAGGGACGGUAACGAGUUUCUCUAUCAGCCUCUUCUAUCAAGACUGGUACCAGUACAGCACCAUAGAAGCUGCUGCGUUUAUAUCGCUGCAUAAGUUUGCUUGGAGCAUCGCCAAUGGCUGGCUUAUCAUUGCUUGUGCUACGGGCAACGGAGGUCCUUUGGGAAAAUUUCUGGCGUGGCGGUUUUUAGUGCCUAUAGCCAAGUUAACAUUCUGUGCUUAUCUGGUCAAUGGUGUUGUUGAGUUGUACUACGUCGGGCAGUUGAGGCAUCCAUUGCAUAUUACUUUCUUCACUAUAACUGCCAACGCUAUUUCCCAUCUGGUAUUAACUUUCUUCCUUGCCUUAAUACUCUGCGUUAUGUUCGAGUCACCUUUACAUGGUAUAGAGAAAAUACUUCUACGAAUGUUCGCACGUCCAGUACUAAGUGACAAUGCAACAAAGAAGACUGAAGAUGAAUUUUCGCGCAAUACUAGUCAGUCUAGGUUAGAUACAUAG